AUGAGUGAUAUAUUGGGCGGAGGAGAUCCAUCUCCUUCUGAGGGAUCAAGAAACAGUGGGUUCGAUGCGAAUCGAAUUGCAGAAGUGAAAUCUUGGCUUGAAUCCCAAUUCAGUGCGGUUGGGAAAGAUGUCCCUGAAUUUGAAUACACCCCUCGAAGUAUUGCCCAUUUGCAUAACAUUGCCACCAUCUCACAAGCGAAAACUCAAGCGGCUUCAAUUGUGGCCAACGAUUUCCGCCAGAAAGCUACUGAAUAUCGUGCUCAAGCUGCAAGAAUACGAGAGAUAUUGGAGCAUGUGGGAUUGGCCCAGGAGAGUUUACCCUCAAACGUGGUUUCCUCUGCUCAAGUUCUUGCUAGUGUGGCUAACUUGUUGAAUAUUAGAGAUACUGAAUUAAGCAGUUUCCUUGUAGCUAUGUCAGACCUUUCCUUAAGAAAAACUGCAGUAGAAGAGAAGAGGUCGAAAGUACAGCAAGAAUCUAAAGUAUUGCUAGAUUACACACGCAAAGCAAUCUCUAGGUUGACUUAUUUAAAAAGAACACUGGCUCAACUGGAAGACGAUGUAGCUCCCUGUGAAACAGAAAUGGAAAGCCGAAAAACAAACUUGGCUAUUAUGGAUUCAAAAGAGCGGCAGUAUGUGCAACAGUAUUCGAAUUACAAGGCAAUUCUGAAUCGUGUGGGAUACACUCCAGAAAUUAGUCAUGGAGUGUUGGUUGAAAUGGCAGAGCAUAGAAAGGACUUGGAAAAGAAAACAAAGCCUAUAGUCGAUACUUUGAGAAGUUAUCAAGACCUUCCACCUGAUAAAGCACUGGCAGCAUUAGCCAUUGAGGACAAGAAAAGACAAUAUGCUGCUGCUGAGAAGCACCUUGAAGACGUGUUGCAGUCAGCUCUUGCUUCUUCGGAGUGA